UUAGAUUCUUUAAAAAAAGUGAAACCUAUUCAAGCAAUUAAACAGCUCCAUCGCUUGAUUAUGACGAAGACCAGCAAGUUUAUCAAAUGGUUGAUAAUAGCAGACAAUGUGAUUAACUUAAGCUUAGUCCGCGACUUGCUUCCUCUAACUGGCAGUAAGGAAUGGGGCCAUGGGCUAGUGCUUAUUACCACCCAAGAUAGUAGUACAAUUCCUCAAAACGCUCCUCACACAUAUCAUGAAUCAUUAAGCAAAGGAAUGAGGCGGGACGAGGCAGUGGAAUUGCUGGAAACAGUAUCGCAAAUUUCAGAGCCAGUACAAGCAGAAAAUGUCGCUGAACUUCUCGAUUUUCAG